AUGUCGGCAGUAGAUAAUCAAGUUGAUUCAAAUUACAAGAAAAAUAAUAAUCGAGCACAUAAACCUGAAAUUCAACGAUAUUCAGUUGCUAAAGGAAAAUAUUCGUCACGAUUAAAUAAUGAUAGACCAUCAUCAGGAAAUUCAAAGAAUUCGAAUUCAUAUUAUAAUAAAAAUAAUGAUUGCUACUAUAACGAUUCAUCCUAUUAUGAUAAUGACUAUAAUAAUUAUCAGCAAAAGUCACAGCGAAAGCCACCGAAGAAAAAAACUAGUGAACCGGAAGUUAAAGUCAAUCAAGUAUCAUCGAAUACAAAAGAUGCAAGUGACGGUGAACAAGAAUCUGACUUAGAUAAACGGCUUGAAACUAUGACAUUUGAAAAUCAAAAAUUAUCUGAACCAAAAACACCAGAAACUCGUGGCGGCUUAAUAUUUCUUAAUAAUAAAGAAACUCACGAUAAUACAAAUGAAAUCGAAUCGUCACCCAGAGAAUUUUACAAUCAAACGCGAAAAAAACAAACCAAUAACAAAAAACCAACGUCUGCUAGCCAACCACAAUCGGUUACACAGUCACUGCGAGGUUUAACCAAUGUCACACGCACUCUCUACGAUCCCAAUGCACCAGCACCAAAAACACCACCAGUAAUUAAUAUACAACCUAUAACAACUGUUAGAGUUGCACAGAAUCCUACAUUACUACAACAACCACCACCACCGCCACCAUCAGCAUUAUCCACAAAUACUCAGCAAAUGCAAGAAUUCUAUCAGCAGCAAUUUUUCAAUCAUGAACUUUGGAAUCAAACCUAUGGCAAUACACAACAAAAUGAUGCCUGUUUACAAGCUGCACAAGCCAUGCAAAUGAGAAAACAAGCAUUUAAUUAUUGGAUUACACAAAUACAUAACUUAGAAAAAUCUUUAUCUAUUUAUCUAAACAAUUCACCACAUAUGGAAGUCAAUUUUCGACGAAUGAUGGAAGCCAAAAUAACACUUCAACAAGCGUAUAUUCAUGCGAUGAUGACAGAUAUUGAAUCAUCAUUAGCAAAAAAUCUCGAUGCUCAAUUAUGGAAAUCAUGCUUUCACAAUGUUAUUGAACGUUUUAGAGAACAUGAUAAACAAUUAAAUGAUAAUAGUAAUGUGAAAAAAUGUAUUGAAACCGUAAUUGAAGAUGGUGAACGAUUUUUUCUUGCUUUCAUUCGUCAACUUGAAUCAGCGUUUCAUAUUGAUACAAAAUUAUAUUUUAAUCCCAAUGCAUAUUCGCCUGAAUUAAAUACUAUUGUAGCUAAAUAUGCUCUUCUUUGUACACAACAUUGUUUUCUUAAUCUUGGUGAUUUAGCUCGAUAUAAAGAAACGAAUCGGAAUGGUACUGAUUAUGCUGAGGCAAGAAAAUAUUAUCUUCGUGCUCGACUAUUAUAUCCGAAAAAUGGAAAAUCAUGUAAACAAUUAGCGAUAUUAGCUGUGAUGACUCAUCGACGAUUGGACGCUAUUUAUUAUUAUAUACGAGCACUUGCCACAACAACACUUAAUGAUAGUGUUAAACAAAAUCUUGUUUCAUUAUUUGAAGAAGCUCGUCGGCGUCUCGAAACAUUGGAAAAAGAACUUAAAGAACGUGAAAAAAAAAAUGAACGAAAAAUCCGAGCAGGUAAUCAAAAAUUAGAAAUUUGGAAAAGAACAGAUGGAACCAUUGUCGGACGAAGUCUUGAUGAUGGACAAUCGAGCAAUAGUCAAAAUGAGUUCGAUGGUUGUGUAUCUCAACAAGAACUUAUUCAUUGGUUUACAUUGAAUUAUAUUGCACUACAUGGUAAAUUAUAUACAAAAACAGGAAUGGAAUCAUAUACAGAAUUAUGUUCACGAAUGCUUCGUCAAUUUCAAUAUUUACUUCGUCAAGAUCCCUGCGUAUUUGGUAGACAACAAUUAGUACAAAUGAUGGCGAUUAAUAUGUACCAAAUUGAAGUAGCAAAACAAGUUAAUGUUUCAGUUGAUAUUGUUGUUCGUUCUCAAUAUGAAGAAUCAUCUCUUCAACUAUCUCUCGAUAUGUUUGGUUUGUUAACUGAGCAGACAUCGCUUAUUAUUGAACAUCACUUAAAAGCUCGUUCAGUAAUAAGUAAUGCUGAUAAACCUGCUCCAAUAUUUAACAGUUGGCUACGACAUGUAUUUCCAUCCUUGAAAAUUUUUACUGAUUGGAUGACAUGCAAUGCAAACUCAUUUAUACCGUUACCUGAUCAAUUACCAGCUGAAUUCGGUCCACAUCCAGAUAUUCUAAUGUCGCUUGCAAAAGUUAUUAAUCUAAUUCGAACAAUUGAUAGAACACAUAUUCAACUUGGCUCAAAUUUAACAAUACCAGUUAUUUUGGAAGAAGAUAUUGAACUGAGCGGUUUUUAUCCUUUACUUACACUACCAGCUGAUACAUUACAAACAACGAGUGAUACACCACUUGAUGAGGCAAAAGAUUGUAAACGCAUUAUUCGUUUAUGCUUUUUUGCUGAUUACCUGUGUGGUCUUAAACAACCAGUAUUCAUUUAUAAUGUUCAACAAAAAACUUAUCAUCCAGCUUUGAAAUCAGCCAUUCAUUCUGAACGAAGUAAAAGUCCAGCAAAUGACAAUCCGAAUUCAUCAAUCGAGCAUGAGUUUCAUACAAGCGAACCGACUUCUCCAUUGCCCAACUCGAAUAGUACUGAUCAAUCAUCACCCGAUACAAUUAUCAAUGGAAUUGAUAUGAAAGAACUUAAACUAAAAAAGCGACAGCUAGAACAUCAAUUAGCAGAAAAACAAAAACAAGAACAAGUUGUUAAAGACAUUCUCAAUACAUCUCGUUUAAUCGAAAUUGAAGUGAUACCACGUUUUAUUGUUCUUGAUACGAACUGUUUUGUCAAUUAUCUACCCAUUAUAUAUAAACUAAUUAAACAAGGUCGAUUUAUAAUAAUUAUUCCAUUAAUUGUUAUUUGUGAACUUGAUAAAUUAUCUGUGACGACCAUUGCCGAUGAUGAUUCAUAUGAACAUGCAGAAAUGGUUCGUCGACAAUCGAUACAAGCUGUUAAAAUGAUUGAAGAAUGUUUUGCUAGUAAAGAACGACGUGUACAAGCCAUGACUGGCGAAGGAACGGUUUUAGAUUCUAUUCAGUUUCGAAACGAAGUCAAAAAAAAUGAAUCGAAUGAUGAUACAAUCUUGGGAUGCUGUUUGAAAUAUUGUCGCGACAAUCCAAGAGAGUUUUUUCCACAGAACAAAGAUGGAGCUAUUCGAUUGCAUCGCGAGGUUGUACUGAUAACCGAUGAUAGAAAUUUACGUUUAAAAGCACAAGCUCGAAAUGUUCCCGUAAAAGAUCUUAUGAAAUUUUUUGAACUAGCUCAAGUUGUUUUGUAA